AUGGCUUAUUCUAGUUCAACAGAAGCAGAAGCCUCACCUCAGUUACAUGCUAUGCUGACAAGUAUUUCUUACAAUUUGGCUGAUUACAUGAAAAAGAAAAAAAUGAUUAGCUCUGCUUUGCAGUCUGUAUUGGAUGUCAGGAUAGAAUCAGAUUUUGUUGAAGCAGGAAGUCUUGGUGUUCAUCAGAAAUAUUUAGUCCCCUUUGUGACUUCCUUGUGCCUUGCUAUGUGUGGUAUAGCAGUAGUAAUUAUGAUUUUCAUCCAUAAAAAACAAAAAGGUCAUCGGACAGAAAGUGCAUGUUCUUCACUUUCAAGCAAUGGAAAUAAAACUGAGCAUGAAACAUCAUCAUCAACGAAUAACUUAGUGAAAGACAACUGGAAAAGAUAUAUAAAUAAACUACAAACUCUCCCUGAUCAGGGAUCUACUAUAGUAAAUGAGAAUAUGCUUAAUACAGAAUCACAUUUUAGUGAAAUACCAAAUAAAAUUUACAAGGCAGUAUCCCCAGAAAUUAAUAAAAAUAUAGCCCUUUCUCUGCCUUUUAAAAAGAAUUUCGAAAAAAAUGAUUUAAACGCUUCUCAGAAACAGGAAAGCUUUCCUGAGCAAGAAUUAAUUGUGUAAUAACAAAGAAUGUCCAUGAGCACUGUAUAAAUUAUAAAUAAGUUCCCUAUUUAAUGUAAGAAAUUUGGUUAAGAACACUUUUGUGUCAGUUUGACACUGUCAUUAAAAGAUGUACAAAUUUGUGAUUUGCAUUUACGUAGAUAAUGCUUAGUUUUCUCAAUUUUGACAUGUUGGUUGAUUUUGCUAAUGUGAAGUAUUUCUUUCUGUUUAAAUAUGAGUUCUAAAAAUGUUUGUUAUUUAUUUCUUUGAAAGCGUUUCGGCUUUCCUGAAAUUUUUAGGAAAGUAAACAAAUAUUAACAUUGUUUUGAGUCAUGUAAAUAAUGCCUGUGAUAAAAUGUCUUCUGUAAGAGUUAAUGCUGAAUUGCGUUAACUAAAAAAAAAAAAAGAAAAAGAAAAAGAAAGAAAGAAAAAGUAAGCACUUUUGAAUUUUUAAUUCAUAAGAAAAGAUGAUUUUUUAAAAUUGUAUAAAGUUAAUUUUAAACAGUAUUUCUUUUCUUUUGACACAUGUUUGUAUUGGACAGUUUAAAAGGAGUGUAUGAAGUCGUAUAACAAGUAAAUAUGAGUAUCAAAAGUAUAGUCAUGCUUAUUUCAUGUUAUUGCUUUUAGCUUAUAAUUCCUUUCCCCAACUUUUUUGUACACAUGUAAAUAUGUUUCACGAUUUAUAAAAAAUAUUUUAUCACUCAG